AUGGCCUUACUCCGGGUAUCCGGAUCCCCAGGGGGAGGGUUGGUGGAGCGCGAGGACAGUCGCUGUUCACAGACCUGUUCGGUUCCCAAGGGCUCUCGGACCUUUCGACACCGAUUUAUCGUCAGGACGAGUCCCGAGAGCGGGAGGAGGAUCGGCCCGGGGCCGCCCGCGCCGUCUCUGCUGGAUCUUCCCGUCUCCCUCCCCUCGAGGAGCUGGAGCUCCCAGCUCUGGGCCAGCGCUUGUCCGGUGACCCAGAGGUCGGAUCCGAUCGGAAAACUCAGGGGAACGCGGAGACAACUCGUCUGUGCCCUGCCCUGUGUCUCGCUGCGUGUCCCCAGCUGUGUGACCGUAGGGCUGCCGCCCCAGAAAGCACAUUUUGGGGGUAAACCUCGACUGUUUCACGAGCUGACGCUCUCCUCUCCGUGUUUCAGCGUUGACAACAGCGAGUACAUGAGGAACGGAGACUUCCUACCCACUCGCCUGCAGGCCCAGCAGGAUGCUGUCAACAUCGUGUGCCACUCGAAAACCCGGAGCAACCCCGAGAACAACGUGGGGCUCAUCACCUUAGCCAAUAACUGUGAAGUGUUGACCACGCUCACUCCAGACACGGGCCGGAUCCUUUCAAAGCUACACACGGUGCAGCCCAAAGGGAAAAUCACCUUUUGCACGGGGAUCAGAGUGGCUCAUCUGGCUUUAAAACAUCGCCAGGGCAAGAACCACAAGAUGCGAAUCAUCGCCUUCGUGGGGAGCCCUGUGGAGGACAACGAGAAAGACCUGGAGAAUCUGGCACCGUGCUGGAUACCAGGAGGAGGUUCCCAGAGCACCGCCGGGGCCCGGGCGGCCGCGUGGCCCGCACAGGGGGCAGUGGCUCGUCCCGAUGUCGAAUCUUUUGUGCUUUUGCAAGCAAGAAAUAGCGCUCAUGCCACGCAGAGCUGCCGUUCCCGCGCUGCCUUCCCCUUCGCCUUCAGCGGAGGUUUACGGGCCAUCCAGCGCUUGCCCUGUUAA